AUGCUGAUCAGAGAAAGGGAUGUUGGUGAGAAAGGAGAAGAAAUAAAGAAUACUACAGAAGUGUCUAAACAAAACCACUGGGAUCCUCUAGUAGAUGGAGUAAAAUGGAUCGAAAGAUACGCAGAGCCCUUAGAAAAAUUCUUUGAAAGACUGCCUGAUUUUAUAAGUACUUUUAUCGCGACGUUUGGCGUGUUCACACUUGGUGCUACUUUAAGAGGAGAAUGGGUAAUAAUACUAAUAACAGCCCUCAAGCAAAUCUCUGGACAAACGCAGGGCGAUCAAAAGUUGAAUUCAGAGGAGAUUUACAAAUUGUUCACAUCUGAAAACCUGAAGAUGGAGAAUUUCGCUAUUAUUUUUAUAGCGUCUCAUUGUGUGUCUUAUACUAUGUACUUCACUGUAGGCGGUUAUUUACAUUGGUACUACUACUACCGGAGGCGGCAUUUGGCACACGAAUGGAAGAUCCAACCAAAUAAGUGGCUAUCACCAGAAUUAGAACGUCAUGAGAUAAUAUUCGGGGUGGUCUCCCUCAUCAUCACCAAUUCUUUUUCAGCAUUCCUCGGAUGUUAUAUCUACAACGAAAAUCCAUCAACAGUGUAUUACCAAUUUGAUGAGUAUGGAUGGUUAUGGUUCGUUUUACAGUUUCCUGUUAUGUUUAUUUAUAUGGACUAUACAAUAUAUAUCUUACAUCGACUUUACCACACUCCAUGGUUCUACCGUCAUUUCCACAAGAUGCACCACAAAUACAAACAACCAACAGCCUUCUCUGUCACUGCUAUCCAUCCGGUGGAACUGUUGCAUUUGCAAUUAACUAUGAGUCUGCCUCUAUUCGUUAUACCUGUACAUUGGUUCCCAUACUACGCAAUAGUUUUAUACAACUACUACCACGGUAUCAUCGACCACUCGGGCAUCAACUUUGAAGCACAUUGGUGGCAGCCAUGGCAGCCCCCUCCCUCCUUCCAUGACCAACACCAUGAGUUCUUCCAUUGCAAUUUUGGAUUCAAUAUGUCACUAUGGGAUAAGUGGCAUGGUACUACAAGGAAGGUGGACCGUGUAUACACUGAAGAGACAUACCACGGGGAAGCCCCUCCAAUUGACUCACCUGAGGCCUUAAAGCUGAUGGAGAAAGAUCCGGAUAUCAAGGAAUACGUUGAAAAGGUUAAAUCUAACUCAAAUAAAGAG